AUGCUCGAUGAAAACCUUCCAACCUUCCACUUCCGCCCCUCCUCUGACAACCCCUCCAACACGAUACUCUACUUUACCCACCAGGGCUCCGAUCCUACGCCGCACUACGUUCUCAAACGUGCCGACCCCUCAAACCCGGCCGCCCGUAACAAGUAUGCCGCCGGCCUUACAGACAUCGCUUCCCAGCAUAUCAUCUACGCCGAGGUCCUCGUCGAGCCGGAAUGGUCCCAGCCUACGUUGUCCGCCGCAGAGAUCCGUGCCCAAAACGGCGCCCCAGCACCUCCGCAACCCAUCCUUCCCGACCAAGUUACCCUUCAGCUCUACAACCCGGACUCACAGGUAACCAUAAAGACCAAGGCCGGGAGCUGGGGCAAGAGCGAUAGCUGGGAAUUUGAGAUGCCCGAGCAGAGCUUCCGGGCCCCAAGCGCCAGUAUGAUCGACCGCUCCACCGACGACCCGCCCAUCAGCGACACUGUACCCAAGGUCGUCUUCCGCUGGAAGCGUGAUGGGAGGUUGAGCAGGGAUAUGACGUGCUAUAUGGUCGGCAAGAGCGUGGCCGGCAAGAAGAGCAAGGAACCUGACAUCACGAUAGCCAUGUUCAAAGACAAGAAACAUGAGAGCGCCGUGACUAUCUAUGAGCCCAACCUCCAGCGCGUGGAUGUUGAGGACCGAAAAGGUUUAGACAUCGUCCUGUUGCUUGGUGCUGAGGUCCUGCGCGACCUGUUCCUCAAUCCUCGCCAAAACGUAUUCAACCUUACGGCAUCACCGCCGCCCAUGUCGGGCCGAAGGAAGAAUUCCAAACCCCUUCCGCCACAGCCCACCCCCGUAGCCGCCAUGUCCGGCGCGAUAGGCAACAAACCUGCCUCUCCGCCGGCACAGCCAAUGAAUAAUGGCGCACCGAGACCUAACGCCCGGCAGCAGUGGGAGAUCGAUAAUGAGACGAAGAGGUUACAGGCUAUGGUCGCAGAAGAGCAGCGCCAGGCCCGUGAGAAAGAACGGAGAGAUGCUGAAGAGGCGAAGCGCAUCAGCAAAAUGCUUGAAAACGAAGAGAAGGAGCGCCGGCGGAAGGAGGCCGAAGUCGAGAAGGAGACGGAGCGUUUGAGGAGGUUGUACGGAGUACCGCCCAACGCAACGGCGCCGAACCUGCCGCCUCGUCACCAACCACCUCCCGGUAGCACGCCUGGAUCGUGGCACCUUGCCCCGGCCCAGCCGCCUCGUCCUCUUAGCGCAGGGCCGUACCAAAAUCAGGGCCCGCCGGGCACCAACGCGUUUCGGCCGCAGCAAGUACACUUUGCGCAGCCGCAACAGCAAGCUCCUUCACCACAGCAGCAGCAGCAGCAGCAGCAGCAGCAGGGCGGCCGAGGCAAGCUUCCGAAUCUCGUUUCGGGUCUGCUUCAGGGCCCCUACGGCAACACGGCUGCUAGCGUCAGCAACUUCUUCCAUCGCGAUCGGGCUGAAGAGGACAGGCGUAACAAAAUUGCAAAGAAGAGAAGUGUGCAUUUCUAA